AUGACUUCGUUUGUCCUCGGAGUUUUCGCGGUUCUCGCGACCCUCGUUCCACUGACUGCUGCUCGCUCGAUCGCUCUAACAGACUGGCAAGCGCUGCUGCGGCUGCGAGAGGAUCUGAAUUUCACCAACCCGCAGCGCAGCCCCAAGGUGUACUGGCGGUCAAGGGAUAACUGCAACGUGGUCUUUGGCGUCUCGUGCAAUGACCAGGGCCGCGUCGUUACCCUGUCAUUGUGGGGAGUCACAGGGCCCCUGCCAGACUCGAUUGCCAACCUCACUGCACUCACAUCGCUAUGGGUGGGCAACAACGUUACCAGCAUUCCAGCCUCCAUUUCCCUGCUCAACUCAACGCUCGCUGCACUCUUCCUGGGCGGCAACGCUAUCAGUGGGAGCUUCCCUGCUGCCAUCACCAGGCUCACUGUGCUGCAGGAACUGAGUCUGGCCGACAAUGACCUGUCAGGCCCUCUGCCCCCAGGGAUCGGCAAGCUGCCCGGGCUGCAAAUGCUGCGCUUGGAUGGGAACCGUCUAUCAGGCCCCAUCCCCUCCCACAUCGCCUCGCUCUCUGCCCUCUCCUACCUCUCUUUCGCCUCUAACGAGCUCACAGGGGCCAUCCCCCCUCAGAUAUCCGCGUUACAAGCCCUGCAGUACAUUGAUCUACGCAACAAUUUUCUGUCAGGAGUGAUUCCCCCGCAGAUUGGCAACAAUUACAACCUCAACUGGCUGUACCUGAGCAACAACCGACUGUCUGGAUCCAUCCCUGCUUCCAUAGGCCGUCUCGAUCGCCUGCGAUACCUGUUCCUUGACGUGAACGUGCUCAGUGGGUCCCUUCCUGACUCUAUCACUGCGCUUACUGCACUCGUCUACCUCAUCGCUAGUCACAACCUUCUCUCUGGCCCCCUUCCCACCAACAUCGGCCAGCUUCCCAAACUUGCCUUCCUGUCUAUCAGCAACAACUCCCUGUCAGGCCCCCUCCCGCCGUCCAUGAGCCAGCUCGAUCACCUGCAGAUCCU